AUGCCCAAUAAAUUGCCUCCGCCAAAUGUGGAUAUUGCAAAGACGGUGCAGAAUGAAAAUCGGGAAUUAUGUGAAGAGAACUUGGCUGCUCUGCAAAUAUGGCUAAAGAAGACACCACAUUUAAAGGUCCGUCAGAAUCCGAAUUUGUUGUUGGCAUUUCUUCGAUGUUGCCGUUUCGAUUUGGAAGAAACCAAAAAACGUUUGGAUGGUUUUUAUUCCCUUAAGGCUGGGUUUCCGGAAGUUUUAAUGCAACGUCGUUUGGAUGAGCAUUUGAUGACACUAUAUAGGAGUGGCAUUCACACAAUACCACUGAACCCAAUUUCCCCCGACGGCCCACGACUUGUCAUAUCACAAUUUAGUAAAUACGAUCCGAAGAUAUUCAAUCCCAAAGAUAUUUAUAAAUUAUUAUUUAUGCUGUUGGAGAUCAUGGCCGUUGAGGAGUCGAAUGUGAGUGCCUACGGAAUUGUACACAUUGUGGAUGUGCGCGAUGUCAGCAUGGAACAAAUGAUGCAAUAUCAUCCGUCAUUGUUGAAAAAAUCCUGGAUGCUAAUGGAACAUUGUUUCCCAUUGCGUGUCAAUGAAAUUCACCUGAUAAAUAUGCGCAAAGAGCGUAGGGCCAUGUUUAAUUUUGUAACAUCAUUUCUGCCGAAAAAAAUGUCGCUGAAGUUCAUUGUCCACGAAAAAGCGGAGGACCUGUAUGCGCACAUACCACGCGAUGCCAUGACCGUGGAAUAUGGUGGCCACAAUGGCUAUCAAUUUGAGUCCCUCAAACACUGGGAAUCCGUAAUGCUGAAAUAUCAGAACUAUUUUGCCACCGAUGACAAUUAUGGCACGAACGAAAAACUUCGCAUUAGCAUCGGUAAUAGCCUGGAGAUUUCAUUGCUAUCCGGUCUGAAUGGUUCAUUUCGUAAAUUAAAUGUUGAAUAA